AAUAGCGCGCUGAUUCACCUCCAAGCCUCCAGAUUGGCUGAGCGCUGUCAGAACUCAGGUCUGUUCUUUAGGAAACUUUCCCCCUCAAACACACUUUCCAGACGACACUCACCGAGAGGACCGGACCUCAGCCUCUCUUCAGUCGCGGCUCUGUGCUCCAUGGAGGAAUAAACUGUCGCUGCUUCUUCAAAUGGGGAUUUACUGGCGCGCGUAAAACUUUGCCUCACUUUUCUCGCCAGUGACUCUCUGGGACCGUCCUCGCCUAAAAAAACAUGCCGGAGCGGAUCAGCAUUUCCGACUUUGUGGUGCUGACGAACGAGGAUCUGUCUUCACCGGGGACCUCAAGCUUCCAGUCGAAGAUGAGCGACUGUCGAAGGACAGUGUCCACCGUGGAGGAGUCUCUGGAGAUGGACCACACAACUCUGCAGAAGAUGAAGAAGAUGAUCAAAGCUAUACACACAUCUGGACUCUCCCACGUGGAAAACAAAGAGCAGUACAUCGAGGUGCUGGAGAACCUGGGGAACAGCCACCUGACCCAGGACAACAACGAAGUCUCCACAGGUUUCCUCAACCUGGCUGUGUUCACCAGAGAGGUCACCGCCCUCUUCAAAAACUUGGUACAAAACCUCAACAACAUAAUGGCUUUUCCUUUGGAAAACGUUCUGAAGUCUGAGCUCCGCGACAGCAGACUGGAGCUCAAGAAACAGAUGGAGAAGAGCUGGAAGGAGUACGACAUAAAGAUAGGGAAGUUGGAGAAGGAGCGGAAGGAGAAGACCAGGCAGCUGGGGCUGAUCAGGACAGAGGGAUCAGACGGCGGGGAAGACAUGGAGAGAGAGAGGAGGUCCUUUCAGCUGCAAAUGUGUGAGUAUCUUCUGAAGAUCCAGGAGCUGAAGGUGCGUCAGGGACCUGAUCUGCUCCAGAGCCUCGUCAAAUAUUUCCAGGCGCAGCUCAGUUUUUUUCAGGACGGGCUGAAAGCUGCCGAGAAUCUCACUCCCUUUAUCGAGAAGCUCGCCGCCUCUGUGCACACGGUGCGUCUGGAACAGGACGAGGAAGUAAAACAACUGACUCAGUUGAGGGAUUCUCUCAGAUUACUUCUUCAAGUGGAGGGGAAAGAGGAAUACCUGAACAGGAAGAACUCGGGCAAUGGGUACAGCAUCCACCAACCACAGGGCAACAAAACGUAUGGGACGGAGAAAUCGGGUUUUCUACUCAAGAAGAGUGAUGGGAUCAGGAAGGUGUGGCAGAAAAGAAAGUGCGGAGUCAAAUUUGGCUGCCUGACAAUUUCCCACAGUACGGUGAGGACACACGGCAAACAUCUGUCACAUGAAUUCUGUCCAAUUUCUUUUUCAACGCACACUAACAUAAGUGUUUGUGUGUUUGAAUGCCAUCAGAUCAAUCGACCUCCUGCCAAGCUGAACCUACUGACCUGUCAGGUGCGGCCGAACCCAGAGGACAGGAGGACCUUUGACCUGGUCACUCAUAAUAGGACGUAUCAUUUCCAGGCAGAAGACGAGCAGGAGUGUUUAAUCUGGGUGUCAGUGCUGCAGAACAGUAAGGAGGAGGCCCUGAACACAGCGCUCGGAGGAGACCAGCUCCACCUCCAGGACAGCGGGCUGCAGGAACUGUCCCGAGCCAUCAUCGCUGAGCUGCGACACAUGCCUGGCAAUGAGGCCUGUGCUGACUGCGGAGCUCCAGAUCCAACAUGGCUGUCCACGAAUCUGGGCAUCCUGACCUGUAUAGAGUGCUCCGGGAUCCACAGAGAGCUGGGUGUCCACUACUCCAGGAUCCAGUCUCUCACUCUGGACCUGCUGAGCACCUCGGAGCUCCUGUUGGCCGUCAGUAUUGGCAACACCAGAUUCAAUGACAUCAUGGAGGCGGGGCUUCCAAACGACUCUGUUAAACCGCUGCCACAGAGUGACAUGAACGCCAGAAAGGAGUACAUUGUGUCGAAAUACGCCGAACGGCGGUACGUCCUGCGCAGAGAAGAAGCAGACCCCAGCCGGCUGCAUGACGCCGUGAAGAGUCGUGACCUCACUUCUCUUCUUCAGCUAUACGCCGAGGGAGCGGACCUGGCAAAGCCACUCACGCUGCCUGACGGACAGGGGAUCAAAGAGACGGCCCUUCAUCUCGCUGUGCGUCUGGAGGAAAGAAGCUCUCUGUCGCUGGUGGAUUUCCUUUGUCAGAACAGCAACUGUCUGGAGAAGAGAACAGCAGAAGGAAACACGGCUCUGCAUUACAGCGUCCUGCAACACAAGCCUGAGUCUCUCAAGUUACUGCUCAAAGCAAAGGCAGCUCUACACACAGUGAAUUCAGCGGGAGAGACGGCCCUCGAUAUCGCUCGGAGGCUGCAGCACCUACAAUGUAUCGACCUGUUGGAGCUGGCCCAGAGUGGGAAGUUCAACUCUCAGAUCCAUGUGGAGUUCAUGUGGGAGACUCAGUCUCAGGAACUGUAUGACAGUGAGGAUGACCUGGAUGAGAGGGUGAGCCCAUUGCCCAAAAAUCGAUCUCCACUGACUUCAAAUGGAGGCAGUGGAACCUCCUUUUCCCGCUGGAGUCUGGCUAGCACGAGUACAGGCAGCAGGCCUUGUCAGACUUACGAGAAUCUAGACUUUCUGUACAAAAAUCCACCUGCCAACAGUGCCCCCUCUGGAGCAUCAGGGCCCCCACCGCUGCCAGCGAAAUCCAUCCAGAGAGGACGCUCAGACCCCCAGAUUUCGGUCACAACACAGGAAGGGAACGGCAUACCCAGACGUCGCUCUAACCCGGUGUCCAACUCGUCAAGUCCCCAGACGCAGGCGAGACACAGCGCUACUUCACCCAACACAGACAAUCAAGGCCAAGGUGGGAGACCCGCUAAGUCUGGAGGUUUGCUGAGGGGGCAGAGGCAGACGUGGGAGGGCCAACCUGGUGCCGGCUCUGGGUCUCAGAGCAGUGUUGCGUCGACGUCCUCUCAGAACCACAUAGGGCCUGUCAGCUCAGAGAAGACCACGUCUUAUCGACGGACCAGCAGUGGAGGAGGCAACCAGGGGAAAUGUGGCGUGUUGUCUCCAAGCUGCGUGGGCAGCCAGGAGGAGCUGUACUGCAGUUUAGUGGGCCUCACCCCGGCUCCUGCUCCAGCCCCUUCAUCAUCCUCAUCAUCCUCAUCAUCCUCAUCAUCAUCACCAACUGUGACCUGUGCCCCUCGAUCCCGCAGGAACGCUAUGGUCUCAGGCAGCCGGCCACAUCAUAAGCGUGUCAAGGCUUUAGUGGACUGUCGAGCAGUCAGCUCCGAGCAGCUCGCCUUUUUCAAAGAUGAGAUCAUUGUGGUCACGGCCACCAAUGACCCCCACUGGUGGGUCGGUCACAUAGAGGGGGAACCAUCCAGGACCGGGACCUUUCCUGUCAAUUACGUACACAAACUGACAGACUGAGGGACGUGGAAGCAUAAAAAACAUUGUAUAGUAACAUACUCGAAGAACUGAACCAGAAUAGGAUGCUCGCCAGAACCUAAUCAUCACACAGCGGAUUUAAUCCACAGGAGAGGACAGUGUUAUUCUCCUGGAUCCAACUCCAACGAAGGGACACCUGAGGAUUUAAAGGACUGUUUAAGGGAUUAUACAUUUUAACAUGUUCUCAUUCUGGAAACUAAAAAGGGAACAUCAGGGUUUUACAGCCCCAUUAAGCCUUUUAUUCCAAAUAGUUGCAGAAGUGCUUUUCCCGCUGUUGGUCUGUGUGUUUCUACACCUCUGAACCAUGAACCACUACUAGUAGGUACAGAAUAAUUUGUGGCUGGGAAACUGCUUUAAUGUCCAUUUAACCUUUAAUUACACAGUAUACUGCAAAUGUUUUAAGUUGUCUAGGAUCGGUACCUAAAGGCAAAACUUAAUUAUAGGGCAAACCCCUUUAAGGCACUUUAAAUCCAUGGAGAAUAAAUCUUCUGAAGAGCUGCCAGAGCUGUAAGUGUGCCCCAAGUCAGCCGCUGAACAUGGAUAAAGCUGCUCUUUUGUUUUGAGCGGUAACUUGUCUCGUCCUCUAGAUCACAGGCUACUGAGCACUUGGACAUGCGGUUCAGACCUGCCCAGUGUCUGUUGCAUCCUGCCUGCCUCGAGACUCUAAAAGUGGCCUCGCCAGCCAGUCUCCAAACAGAACGCCAGCCGUCUGGGCAGCCCGGAGGAGAGAUCUGAAACAUUAGCUCAGCCAUCUUGACUGGGCACGGCUCGCAGCCUGCAUGCAGAGGAGGAGGAUCCAGUUUCUUCUGGCUCCAGCCAUCUGUCUCUCUGAAGGACCUGGGAUAACGUUGGUGUGUUAGGGGGGAAAGGGAAAAAGAAAAGACUCUGUGCUCUACCAGGAAAUGGCACUUAAAGAGGGCUUGUUAGUAACAGCAUGUCCACUGAACACACAGUUACUUACUGUAGGCAUGCGGGGAUCACACCAGCCACACACAAGCUCACUUGCACUUACUGCACACACACACAUUAGUGUUGUUAGGUAGUAGAGACCUUAAGGGAAGAAAGAAAAGGAGACGUGUAACUGCUCCACUUUUUUAAAACCAGUGACAAAUAUCCACAUGUAACAUUUCACUGCAGAUCUACACAAUGUGUUUGUACAUAUUUGUCUAAAAUGUUAACUGACGUGUACAGUGUAUAGCACAUGGUUUCUAAAAUGUUGUGCCUCAUAAACAGUUGUAUCAUUACAGUGUUACUUCA